UUUCGGAGCGUUACUUUAUAAGCAGCAGAAGAUGGGGCUGGUAAGCGGCUGUGACAGACUGAAGGGUCAGAGUCAAGAUGACCCAGGAGAAAAAAAGUGGAGGCUGAAUCAAAGAGCUCUGUAAACAAAUUAAGGGACCAAUAAAGCUGCCUUCUCUAACAGCCUGGGCCCUCGGCAUUAUGCUCUCAGUGUCUGGAAGGUUCCCAGGAGAACAGGAAUGGGAUUUUGUGCAUGCUGAGGUAGAGGCCCUUCUGGCACACACAUGAAACUGCCUGGUCAACAGCUGGAUAGUUCCGGUCUGAACCUUUGGAGCUGGGGUCAAAGAGUAGCGUCCCUGGCAGUUUGUGCAGCAGGGGAAGUCCUGUGGAGGCUGAUCACCCAGCUCCCUCUCUGAGAAGCAGCUUCCCUGUCUCUCAUCAUGGCUGUGUUCGUCGUCGCUCUCCUGUCCUUGCUGGUGACGGGUGCUUUAGGGAAUGAAUUUAGCAUAUUAAGGUCGCCAAGGUCAGUUGUUUUCCGAAAUGGAAAUUGGCCCAUACCAGGAGAUCGAAUCCCAGAUGUGGCAGCAUUGUCCAUGGGCUUCUCUGUGAAAGAAAACCUAUUUUGGCCAGGGCUUGCAGUGGGUAACCUAUUCCACCGGCCACGGGCUACCAUUAUGGUGGUGGUGAAGGGAGUGGACAAACUGGCUCUCCCCGCGGGCAGUGUCAUCUCCUACCCUUUGGAGAAUGCAGUUCCUUUCAGUCUCGACAGUGUUGCGAACUCCAUUCACUCCAUAUUUUCUGAAGAAACUCCUGUGGUUUUGCAGUGGGCUCCCAGUGAGGAAAGAGUAGCUCUGGUGGGGAAAGCAAACUCCAUUUUUGAAGACCUUUCAGUCACAUUACGGCAACUACGUAAUCGUCUGUUUCAAGAAAACUCCGUUCUCAGUUCUCUUCCCCUCAAUUCUCUGAGUAGGAAUAAUGAAGCUGACCUGCUCUUCCUUUCUGAACUGCAAGUGCUACAUGAUAUUUCGAGCUUGUUGUCUCGUCAUAAGCAUCUAGCAAUGGAUCAUUCCCCCGACUUGUAUUCACUGGAGCUGGCGGGAUUGGAUGAACUUGGGAAGCGCUAUGGGGAAGACUCGGAACAAUUCAGGGAUGCUUCUAGGAUCCUUGUGGAUGCUCUCCAAAAGUUUGCAGAUGACAUGUACAGUCUCUAUGGUGGGAACGCCGUGGUAGAGUUAGUGACUGUCAAAUCAUUUGACACAUCCCUUGUAAGGAAGUCAAGGACCAUCCUUGAGGCAAAACAAGAGACUGCCCCAAAUCCCUAUAACCUUGCAUAUAAGUAUAAUUUGGAGUAUUCAGUGGUUUUCAACUUGGUACUGUGGAUUACGAUCGGCUUGGCCUUGGCUGUGAUCAUCACCUCUUACAACAUUUGGAAUAUGGAUCCUGGAUAUGAUAGCAUCAUUUACAGGAUGACUAACCAGAAGAUUCGGAUGGAUUGAGUUUUCCUUAUGCUACACUUAGACAACAGGUUUUGGGAAUUGGCUGUUCUGUUAAAGUAUAUCUUUUAGUAUGGUUUAAAGUAGAUGGUAUACCUUAAAUUUAUUUUAAAGAAAACAUAGAUUUUGUUCCCUA